GCCGGAUUUGUGCGCAUUUGCUUGAAUGAGUAGUUUUAGGUGAAGGUGCGGCGCGGAUUCCACUUGCUUUUCGUUUACGUCAUUGAUUCCUUUGCGGGUGUUUGGUGUUUGAAGUUUGCUUUGCUUUGCGUUGCUUUAUUUGGCUUUGUCCUGGCUUCUUUAUUAAGGGUUUCUAGUGGUGGUGUACUAGUACCUGUGUCGCUUGUGCCAAGUUGAGAGGUUUUUCAUGGUGGGUUCUUGGUUGAUGGAGAUGGAGGACAGGAAUUGUGCUUCUUUCUCAUGAGGUUGGGAGGAGGGCAAGGAGGCCUUGCACGGUGUUUUUUCUUCUGAUAGUUUGGAAAAAGAAUCUAGCUUUACAAUAUGGGAUGCCUGGUAUCAACUCCUGAAGAUGAAGGUGGAAACAGGAGAAAGUCUGGAAAUAUCGGAGAGGUGGCAGUGUUCGUGCCAGGAUUACGCAUCCCUAAAAGUGUAGAUUUCUCUCAGUCAUUGGGCGAUAGCUUAUCAAAGAGUCUAGUGGAACGGCUUUCGGCUCUAAGAGCAAGAAUAGUCGUUAUGGCUGCCCAAGAGGCGCCAAAAGCAACCAAACCAAAACGGAAAACAGCUACUCAACAUGGGGGUUCUUCGUUUUCCGAUCUUCUUCAGGCUCUUGAAGACUACUUACCAGUUCUGCUUGGAUUGGUUAAAGAUGGCAAUAAUUUAAAAGAUAAGGUGCAUUUUGCAUGGAUUAACCAAGAGGAUGACGCCGAGGAAACAGUCAUGGCCAGUGCUUGGUAUGAAGUACUCUCAGUUUUACACUUGAUGGCUAUGCUAUGCUUAUCGGAGGCAAAUGCAUUGCUUCUUCCUAAAAUGGCCAGUGAUGGCUAUCAGCAAAAAACAUCUGAAGAAGGCAAGCGGGCGUCUGUUGAUAUUUUCUUGAAGGCAGCAGGGUAUUUGGAUUGUGCUAUUCGCCAUGUUCUUCCUCAAAUACCUCCAGAAACCAGGAGUGAGCUUCCGAUAGACUUGACUGAGAGAGUGCUGCGAGCUCUCUGCAUGCAGGCAUUGGGCCAGUGUGUUGAUAUUCAACUUGGGAUGGCUAUUGAUAGUCCUAAAGCCACACUAGCUGUGAAACGUCGGUUGGCAUGUGAAAUGGUGAAGUAUUGGAAACAGGCACAGGAUGAUAUCACACAUUUUUCAUCGCUUUCUUUUAGCAAUGGGUGGGGACAAAAGCAUUGGCUCUUUGUUAAAUGGAAAUAUCUCGAAGCGAAAGCUGCUGCUUAUUACUACCAUGGACUGAUCCUCGAUGAGGGCAACACCGAAAAAUCUCAUGGAAUGGCUGUGGCCGCUCUACAAGCUGCCGAAGAAUUUCUGAAAGAAGGAAAAAAAACUUGUGAAAACUUUAAUGCCACAAUUCCCAUAUCAAGGAGUCCAUAUUUAUCAGGAUCGAUGAAGUAUCUGUCGGAGAAAAUUCCUAAAGAUACAGCGAGCAAAGUCCGGAUCAAUCGAGAUCUGUACAGCCAUGAGAGGAUCAUCGAGACGGCCCCGACCUUGCCGGAUUUUGCAUUGGCACUAAAACCCGACGACUACCAACUUCCUCCGGUAGAUCCAUCCUGGAACAAAGACGACGGCAAUCAGAAAAAAGACUAGAGAACUUGUACCCAAAAAAAAAGGCGAAAAAGAGGAUAUAAAUCAUAUGCUGUUUGUUCAGCUUGCAAGAGCACAUUGUGUCAAUGUGUUGUGCCCAAUUGUAAUUUAUGUUGUGCCUUCUUUUCCACUCACACAUAAUGGCUUUGCUUGCAUGUGGGAAGGCUUUGUUUGUGUAUUGUAAAGCAUGUAAGUUAUUAAAA